CAGCAUACUUUCAAGUUGGCUAGUCUGCGAGUCUUUGUUCGCAGUAACGACGGUUAAAUUCGUCAGCAUUUCUCGGCAGACGGUUAACCGGUCUCAUUCGGCUUUGGACAAUAAACGAAGGGCAGAAUUCAACGUGUUACUUUCUCUGACCGGAUCGACGUGACUUCUUCGUUUAUAAAUUUUCAUUAACAAUCAAAACAUUAUAAUGGCUGACGAGUGGGGUCAAGAUAACGUUCAGUAUUCCUCUGCAGAUACACAGAAUUUUGACGAUGAUGGACGCAGCUUUGGAAAAGGUCGUGGAUUUAUAGGUCGAAAUAACAAUAAUGACGAAUGGGGGCCAGGAAACAAACAUUACAAUGAUGGAUAUACCAACAAUGAUGGCUAUAAUAAUGAUAAUAAUUGGCCAUCUAAUGAUGAUAGUGACAAUUUUGGAGGAGGAGGCAGAGGUGGUGGUAGAGGUGGAGGUAGAGGAGGUAGAGGAAGUCGAGGAGGCAGAAGAGGAGGAAGAGGUGAUUCCAGUGAUGGUGGCAGAGGAGGAGGUUUUAGAGGAAGAGGUGGCAGAGGAGGAGGAGGAGGAGGAGGAGGAGGAGGAUUUAGAGGUGAAAACAGUGACAACUAUGGGAAUGAUGAUUAUAGAUCUAGGGGAAAGUUUAAUGGAGAUGAUAACAAUGAUAGUGAAGAAUCACGGAAACCUCGAGAAUUAUACAUUCCACCAGAAUUGUCUUCCGAUGAAAAAUCUUUGUUUGGAAAUGGAGUUGCAAUGGGAAUUAACUUCGACAAAUAUGACCACAUUGAAGUUAAAGUAAGUGGAGAAAAUCCACCUGCUCCGAUAGACAAUUUCGAAACAGUUGGCCUUAGAAACAUAAUAAUAGACAAUAUCAGAAAAUCAGGAUAUACAAGACCAACUCCAGUACAAAAACAUGCUUUACCGAUCAUAAUGGAAGGUCGUGAUUUGAUGGCUUGUGCACAAACAGGUUCAGGAAAGACCGCUGCAUUUGCAAUUCCUAUUAUCCAUACUUUAUUGGAGAAACCAACAGACCUAAUUGUAUCUUCGUUUCAUUGUGAACCCCAAGUCGUUGUCGUAUCACCUACUCGUGAGCUUACUAUACAAAUUGGGCAACAAAUUGUUAAGUUUGCACUAAAUUCAAUCUUGAAAACUGUUGUUGCAUAUGGUGGAACAUCUGUACACCAUCAAGGAGGAAAACUUUCUGCAGGUUGUCACAUACUUGUGGCGACCCCUGGGAGAUUAUUAGACUUUUUAGACAGAGGAAGAAUUAAAUUUUCUUCUGUCAGGUUCCUUGUAUUGGAUGAAGCUGAUCGUAUGCUGGACAUGGGAUUUUUACCGAACAUCGAAAGAAUUGUAGACCAUGAAACAAUGGUUCCUCUACAAGAGAGACAAACAUUAAUGUUUUCUGCUACUUUCCCAGAUGAAGUUCAACAUCUGGCAAAGAGAUUUUUAAACAAUUAUUUAUUCCUUGCAGUUGGUAUUGUAGGUGGAGCAUGUUCAGAUGUUGAACAAAACUUCUAUGAAGUUGAAAAAAGGAAAAAGAAAGAUAUGUUAGGAGAAGUUUUACAAAGAGAAAAUGAUGCAGGUACAUUAAAAGGUACCUUAAUAUUUGUGGAGAUGAAAAAGAGAGCUGAUUUUAUAGCAGUGUUUUUAUCUGAAAAUAAUUACCCGACUACCAGUAUUCACGGCGACAGAUUACAAAGACAAAGGGAAGAGGCAUUGGCUGAUUUCAAAAGUGGAAGGAUGUCUAUUUUAGUAGCUACAGCAGUCGCUGCUAGGGGUUUAGACAUUAAAAACGUGUCUCAUGUCAUUAAUUACGAUUUACCAAAAAGUAUUGAUGAAUACGUUCAUCGAAUCGGUAGAACUGGUCGUGUAGGGAAUCGUGGAAGAGCGACUUCAUUCUUCGACCCUGAAGAUGACGAGCCUUUGAGAGGUGAUCUUGUAAGAAUAUUGAAACAGGCAAGUCAAUCUAUUCCAGAUUGGUUAAUAUCCGGAAACUCAAGACGAAACUUUAUGCCUGGGAAAGGAAACCAAUUUGGAGGAGAAGAUAUCAGAGGGUUUGAACCAGAAGGUGAACAAUAUGGAGAAGAAGCAUAUACAAAUUCUGCAAUGAGCGAAGUAGAAGAAGCGUGGUAGAAAAGCUGUUCUUUUACCUGAGUAUUUCUGUUGUACUUGCAUAAAAAAGGUACUACAUGUUUUUUCAUUCAUUUUCGACAUCAGAGGUACAAAAUUACUAUAUUACUCUUAUGCUCACAUCUACAGAAAUGGAUAUUUAUGUAUUAUAGUAAUAUGUUUCAGUUAAUUUUCGUUUCCAUUCUUAUUUGUUUCACCAAUGAGUGAUGUAUUUAAAGUGAAACAUAAACUGUACCUUGUACCUCCUUAGAAGUAGGUUAAGUACAAAAUAACGGGAUAAUGUUACCUUUGUUGAUACGGCGGGUUUAAUUUUAAGAAAUAUUAUAUAAUUUACGAAAACUCAUUUAUCUACAUCUGUCGAUGUAGUUCGUUAUAGUACUUCUCCGUCGAUCGUACAAAUGUUAGUUUUUAAGAACAAAUUAUAAGAAGA